GCCAGCAAAAUCAACAGACACUGCCCUCGGAGAAGGUUUGUAUCUCUAAUUUUGUAGUGUUUCACAUAAUUUGUCGUGUUUUUUCGGAGAAAGUACAAGUGCCGCUAGAAAGAUAUAGACCAGUACGAAAGCCGCUUCUAGUUGGGCUGAAAAGCAAACAGUCGCCAAAACUAGUAUGGCUUCACCGUCUCAAAGCAGUCCAGCCACGACAGGAACGGCAAACGUAAUUGGAGGUUCAAAUGCGAAGGCUUCCGCUGGCAGUGGUUCAGCAUCAGGCACGUCUGCGUCGGGCACUAGUGGGACAGACAGCACCACUCAGCUACUAACGAAACCACGGCUGCAGGAGCUGGUCCGCGAAAUAGACCCAACCGAGCAGUUGGACGAGGAGGUGGAAGAACUACUACUUCAAAUAGCAGACGAUUUUGUCGAAAACACGGUAAAUGCCGCUUGCCUGCUAGCAAAACACCGCAAGGUCCCGAAGGUUGAAGUGCGAGAUGUGCAAUUGCAUCUAGAACGCAACUGGAACAUGUGGAUUCCCGGUUUUGGUACGGACGAGCUGAGACCGUACAAGAGAGCGACCGUAACAGAAGCUCACAAACAACGAUUGGCCCUAAUAAGGAAGGCUAUCAAAAAAUAUUAGCAUAUACGUAUGGUAGCGUUAAUGGAACAACUAGCAAUAAUAAUCAUACAAAACACGCAGAUACUAAACGAAUAAAUAUAAAGAAAUCAACCGA